AUGAGUAACCAAAGAGUAGUCUACUCGGAGUUGAAUCUGACCAAGGGCCCAAAGAAGCAGCAAAGGAGAGCAAAGGGCACUAACAUCUCCGUUUCAGGCACUGAAGAGGAAAUAACCUAUGUGGAAUUAAACCUUCAAAACGUUUCUCAAGAACAUCAAGGGAAUGACAAGAACGGCCAUUGCAAAGAUUCAGCUGCCCCUCCAGAGAAGAUCAUUUCUGGGAUCCUGGGAGUCAUCUGCUUUGUCUUAAUGGUCACUGUGGUGGUGACAAUGACAAUUGCUAUCCCCUCUACUGCAAUACAGGAACAGAACAAUUCUUCUCAUAUAAGAAGAACCCAGAAAGCAUUGCAAUGUCAUCAUUGCCCAAAGGAGUGGUUAAUAUAUUCCAACAGUUGUUAUUAUAUUAGCAUGGAAAAAAAAACUUGGAAUGACAGUGUGAUGGCCUGUGCUUCUAAGAACUCAAAUCUGCUCUAUAUAGAUCAUGAGGAAGAAGUGAAAUUUCUAAGUUCCCGCUCAUUGCUAUCAUGGAUUGGAGUCUUUCGUAAGCACUCUCAUGAUUCAUGGAUAUCAGUAAAUGGCUCAACUUUCAAACUAAAAAUAAAAGAACUGUCAUAUGGUGAACAUAACUGUGCUAUGUUAUCCUUAUCUGGCCUUCAAUCAGACAGUUGCAAAUCUUUAAAAACAUAUAACUGUAAGCAUAAGCUCUAG